AUGUGGCCCACCACGAGACUCAUGUUCCAGGCGCGGGAAAAGUUCACGCGCAAGUUCCGCAAGCUGCCGCUCACCACCAAGGACAUCAACAAGGGCUUCUACAAGGGAAACAGGACAGGUUCCAUGGGUCGACACACCAGAUUCGGAGGAUACAUCAUUGAAUGGGACAAGGUUCGCACCUAUGUCGUACCGGAGGGCAUGGAUAGCUUCAAGCUGAGCCCUUUUGUAACGAACAAGGUGCAGAGAACGAGAGGGCAGUAUGAGGGCUACGCUCGCGGUCCCAGCGACCCUCAGUUGUAUCUGGAGAGGUGGAAGGACGAGAACGGCCUGGACUAA